AUGUCGCUGGUGAAGAGUGUGCGGGGCGUGCUGAGCCGCUAUGCGCGCAUGCGCAUUGCGGCUCCUGCCAUUGCUCCUGCAGCACGCAGCAUCGCGAGCACCGCGCGGGUGUACCGCGCGGCGGUCGCGACACACACGCCGACGGCGCCUGUGCCAAAUCUCCCGAAAGCACUGACCGAUGCGCCCGCGCACGCCCGCAAGCUCCUGCGCUGGAACUUUUUGGAGCCGGAUGCGCGCGCGGAGCUCGAGGCGUACCUAGUCUCGACGUCGGACUCGGCUGGCGCGACGCAGCCUCCGGCGUGGUUCGCCGAGACAUACGAGACGGCGCGUGCGUACCGCACGGCGCGCGCGCGCGGCUGGCUUCCCAGCGAUGCGGCGCUUACGCGCGCGGGUGCCUCGUCGCUCGAUGCGUACCUCGACAAGGAGACGGCGGCGCUGCGCGAGCAGCUUGUGGAUGACGGCGUCGGCCGCUGCACGGCCGACGAGCUCGAGCAGAUGGACGUGCAGGAGCAGGCCGAUACGCUGCUCCUCCCCCUGUGGCUCCAGAUGAGCGCCGAGGAGCGCGAGAGCGCCCUGACGCGUGUCUCGUUCGAGUGCGUGCGCAAGCUCGGCUGGCGCUUGGGCUUCUCGUCGGGCUACCCCGGCACGAACAAGGCGACGCCGCGCCCGGUGGCGACGAGCGCCGCGUGGCGUGCGCUGCGUGAGGAGGAGGACGCGCACGCAUGGGACGCGUGGCAGGCGCUCUCGCGCGAGGAGCGUGCGGUCGAGUGGGACACGGCGUGGAAGCAGCGCGACCGCUCGCUGGUGUAUGUCGACGAUGCGCCGACGACGCGCGUGCUUGGCAGCGUCGCGCCCCGCUGGUACGCGCACCCCCAGCGCGCCGGCCAGCUGCAGUUCCUGCCGAACCUGACGGUGCGCCUUGUGCGCAACUAUACGCCCGCCGGCCAGGCGUACGAUGCGUGGAAGGCGACGUUCCGUGUGCCGCUGAAUGUGCACAAGCACACGCUCCGCUCGUACCUCUUGGCCGUUUACGGCCUGCGCACGACGUGGGCGCGCUCGAUGAUCUACCGUUCGCGCAUCAUCUUCAACUUCCAAAAGAAGCGCCGCACGCCCGGCCGCGACCGCACCUUUAAGAAGGUCGAGGUGGGCCUUUUGGAGCCGUUUGUCUUCCCUGGCCUUUCGAAAGAGUUCUUGCGUACGCACCUCUUUUCGCAAGAGAUGCUGUACGAAGAGCGCCGCAUGAUGCUCAAGAUGACCAAGGGCCGCCGCUGGCGCGGUACCAAGAGCGUCAAGGCGCUGUCCAAGGCGCUCGACCGCAACCACGCCUACCAGAGCGCCGGCGCGCCGGACGAGGCGGCGGGCGAAAAGACGGCGCAGCUCCUCACGCGCUCCGGCUCGGUGCCGACGGCGCGCCACGGCAACAUCCUCGCGGUCCUCUCCGAGCGCCGUGCGGAGCGCCUGGCACGUGUGCAACAGUAUAUUGACGAGCAAAAGGCGAAGAAGUAG